UUCUCUGGUUUUUUACCGCCAAACCACUGAGAAACACAACACAAAGCAGUAUGAGUCUAGGAUUAGCCAGAUCGAGAGGAAGAGGAAACUCGAUUUCUCUUGAUAAAUUCAUCGAAUGCAGGAAAAAUCUCUCAAAACCAUCGCCAAGACUCUGGCCUGACGAUCCUCGACCUCAAACAACACAUCUCGACGAAACAGGAGAACCCAUCGUGGAAAUUCAUCAUCCCUUGCUCCAAAAGCUUGAAUCUUUAAGAUCCUUGAACGAGUUUGAUCAAGUCUAUGCCCAGGUUGUAGUCUCUGGGCUCCUUCAACACUCUCUUGUCUCAGGACGUGUGAUCAAAAAGCUCUGCACGUGUUUUCACUCGGUUUCACGAGCUGCUUCAGUUUUCGAUUCCAUCCAUGAACCUGACGCAUUUUUGGGUAACACUAUUCUGAGAUGUUUAUUGACUUCAAGACAACCGUUGGGUGCGUUGAGGUUUUACUACGAGAAAAUGGUGGCUAGAUGCGUUUUGCAGAACCAUUACACGUUUCCGUUGAUGGCAAAGGUGUGUGCGGAGAUUGGGUUUGUAAAAGAUGGGGAAAAGAUUCAUGCUUUGGUUUCGAAGAAAGGGUUUGAUUUAGAUUUGUUUGUGAGGAACUCUCUGAUUCAUAUGUACUCUGUUUUUGGGCGGAUACGAGAUGCACACAAGGUGUUCGAUGGUGGGUAUAUAUUGGAUUUAGUUAGUUGGAAUUUGAUGAUCGAUGGAUAUGUCAAGAAUGGUGAAGUAGAUAUUGCACGCAAGCUGUUCGACGUAAUGCCUGAAAGAGAUGUUUUCACGUGGAACUCCGUGCUUUGCGGUUACGCGAGAGUUAAAGAUAUGGAGGAAGCUCGGUAUUUUUUUGAGGCUAUGCCUGCUCCAGAUGCUGUUUCUUGGAACUGUAUGAUUGAUGGUUAUGCAGCAGCAGGGGAUGUUGUGAUGGCACGCGUGUUUUUUGAUAGAAUGCCGAGAAGAAAUGUUGUUUGUUGGAAUACUAUUUUAGCUCUUUAUGUGAGGAACAAGAACUAUACAGAAUGUCUUAGACUUUACGAGGAGAUGGUGGAUAAAGGAGAUGGAUUUAAGCCAAACAAAGCGUCUAUUACAAGCGUCUUGACAGCUUGUGGAAAGUUAGGCCGGGUUGAUAUAGGGAAGAGGAUACAUUUAUAUGUAACCAGCAAUGGUAUUAAACCUGAUAUGCUUCUCUCGACUGCUUUGCUUACAAUGUAUGCUAAAUGUGGUGUUAUGGAUAUGGCUAGAGAGGUCUUUGAUGGGAUGAGAGAGAGAAGCAUUGUGUCGUGGAACUCUAUGAUCAUGGGAUAUGGCAUGAAUGGGGAUGGAGAGAAAGCGGUAGAGAUGGUUCUAGAUUUGGAAAAGCAUGGAAACGUUGAACCCAAUGGUGCUACUUUAGUUUGCGUGUUGUCUGCUUGUGUAAGUGCAGGGAUGGUUUUAGAAGGCUGGUGGGUUUAUGAUCGAUUAACCAGAAUCUAUAACGUUGAACCUAAAGUGGAGCACCAUGGCUGCUUGGUUAAUCUCCUUGCUCUAGCAGGUUUGACCAAAGACUCAGAAGAGCUUAAGGAGUCUCAGUCUGUUAUUUGGACAAUCUCGAAUCUCGACAUUGGAGAAAGCUUGGCGAAGCGGCUCAUGAGAUUACAACCAAGUGAAGUGGGACCAUAUGUGUUACUAUCAUAUGUAUAUGCUAUUGAUGGAAAGUGGGAGGAAGUGGAGAAAGUGAGAAGGAUGAUGGAUGAUGCAAAGCUAUGUAGAAUAAGGAAAGAAAGUAGUAACUCAAGUUGCAUUACAAAGAUUUUGUACUCGAUGUUGUGUGAGAUAGGCUUGGAACUGAAGAUUUUGACGCAGCCAAUUGCAAUUUGAGUCUUAAGAGCAUGGCAAAGGAGAAAGAAGGCUUCACAAGCUAUUAACAACAGUAGUAGUAUUUGGUUGAGAAAAGAUUUUCUGA